AAACAAUUGACGAAUAGCAGUGCUGACUAAGGUUGCUACGAUUUUAUUGAGUGAUUACAAUUAUUAUUAAUUAAGUGUUGAAAACAGUGAAAAUGUGCGGAAAAUUUAUGUUUUUGUUGUUUUUUGUGAGUGCCAAUUUGGGAGUAAUUCGAUCUUCGGCUAUACCCAUGUGGGAGUACCUCAAAAAAGAGGAAAAGAUGUCAUAUAUUUAUUCGAUGUUUGCCAACCAAGUAGAAGAUUUUUGCGACACCAUUACAAUGGAAAAUUGUAAUAAGGAAUUGUUGAAAUAUGGUUUAGAUAAACUAAAGGUUAUGUCGGAAGACCAUUUGGAUGGUAUGGACCCAUAUCAAAGGAAUGCAAAUGCCAUAAUUUGGGGCUCGAUGAUGGACGGUCACAAAAUGAUGAAAACCACCCCAAAGCCCAAAGUCACCACCACAGCAAAACCCAAUAGUUACGAUGACGAGUCAUUUGGUGAUGACUUUGGUGAUUUUGGUGCUCAAGGAAGUGCAAGUGCAAAAAUCGAUAAUGUAUACAGGGUUCCCCCUCCAAAAGGUUUUGUCUACCAGGCACAAAGUGGCACCCCUGUAUACACAUACCCCCAUAAUAUGGUACCAUAUCUGAGUCAGUUUGAUAAAGCCAGAAGAAAUCAGAAUAAUAAUCAAAAUACUGCAUACACUAGAUUCCAAAAUCAAUACAGUUCUACCACCACAUCAACAGAAAAACCCCAGGUUAACUAUCAAGAAUUACCCCUAACCGGACCAAUGGUUGUGAGAGUUUACCCCGAUGGUACCCCUGUAAGGGAACCCCAGAGAUACCCACAGGAUGACGAUUUAAGACAAUACCAACUGUCCAAAAUCAAAAUCCCCAACUUUUAAAAUGUUCCCAAAACUAAAAGAGCCAUAUUAAGCUCAUUUUACAAAAUUUUUGUGAUAUAUCCUGUAAAUAUUUAUUUAAUUUACUGUAUGACUGACAUAUUUAUCUUAUUUUUGUAUGAUUGACUUUUAAUUUAUUGUAUAUCAUCUUUUUUGGUGAUAUUAUGUAUCCACAUGGUUGGAAAUUCCUAUGUUUGAAUGUGAUUUUAUUUUACUAUUUAUA